UAUGUCAGUGAAAAGAAGCUCGUGAUAUCGCUUUAUUGAUUGAAUUGCACUAUUUAGAUUGAUUAAUUUUCUUAUAUUUUGUAGAAAUAAAGGAAUUUUACGAGCAAUUCAAACAGACUAAAACAUACAUGGGAAUGCUUAAGAAAUAGAUAUGAUACAUGGAAUAAAUCAGAUAUUAAGAUAAUGUUAUACGAAAUAUAAGAUCGUCAAUGCUUGAAUGGAUUUAGCGAAUAACGCCAAGUAAUUAAAAAGAAUUUCAAAAAUCAACACUGAAACUAUGCCUCCUGCAACGGGGCUACAAUUUUAUCGAAAACGGCAAACGAUAGACCAGCUUGCCUUGGAACGCCCCCAGUCCCUACCUAUUUUUAGAACAUGCGUUCUAAAGGCUUUAGUAGCCGUAGAUCGCCGAAUCGAUCUGCUACAACAGUCUUACUAUGGGCCCGAAAAUGACAUUGAGCAAGAGAUCAAACGAUGGCUUGGUCCCCUUUCAAAGGUUCUUAAAGAAAGUAAAAUAAGUUUUUUCCUGUGCAAAACGCAGCUUGAUGACGCAGUUCAGAAAUUCCGACGAUCCGAGGGCGAUCCGACAAUGGUUGUGGACUUUGACAAGGAAGCUAUAAGAACUGUCAUUGACAUAGUAGAAAGAGUGACGCAGUAUUUGAAAACUGGAUUCGCUGAUAUAAUUAAAGACUUGAAACUCAUUGGUGAUUACAUGUGGAAAUAUUGUUUGAGUUUUUCCUCAGCAGAAGGAGAUCUGUAUCUUGACACCGCUGUGAAUUACGAACGACAGCGGAAAGAGUUCUCUCAAGCGAUUAAUUUUAACUUAGAUGACAUUACUAACAUGGCAGAACAGUUCGAAACUAAAGGAAUGCGUACUCAAGAACUGGGUUUUGUUGCACGUGAUCUUGCAGAGCGUUGUAAGGCAACGCACGCGCCAUUCUUAGUUAUUAUCCCUCAAGCGUUUGAAAAUCUACGACAUGCGGUUGCAGGAAUGAGAAAAUGGAUAGAAGCAGACGACGGGUAUUCCGAUUUCAUUAAAUGUGAUAUUGAUGAAAUGGAAAUAAAGAGAGAUAACCAAGAAAAACUGGUCAGAGAUAUGCAGAUCAAAUGUUCAAAUUGUGAUCACAAAUUGAAAACGGCGAAAAGGCAUUUGGUCGAUAUUACAGCUGAAGUAAAGAGUUUCAAAAACCGAGAGGUACUUUUAAGCAAAGAAAGAGACGAGUUAAUAGCUGAAAAUAAAGACGUGUUAGUAGAUCUUGAUAUAAAAGUGUUCAGAAAAGAAGAAAUGAAGAAAAGACUUGAAACGCUGUCUGACUUUGAACUAGAAAAGUUCAAGCAACUUGAUGGUGAAAUUCAAGAAUUAAGUGAAAAAAGGCCAGUUAUUGAAAAGAAACUGCAUGAUCUGAAUAAGAAAUUGGACCUGAUCAGAGACAGGAAAGAUACAAUGACAAAAAGGGAAAAAGAAGUUGGAGAGACAUAUGCGGAAGUUAAGAAGAUAAAGAAAGAGUUCAGGAAAUGUGAGGUAGAGUUGGGACGUCUCGAUGGUAACCUCUCACGUCUAAAGGAGAUAUACAGGUAUAAAACGACGCCGGAAAUACUGAAGAAAAUCUUUCAUGGAAUGCCUUUAACCGCCAGACAUGUUGUCAAUAAAGGAAAGCGACCAAUCAUGGAUAAACUGGAGCGAUGCUGCAAAAUCACUGCUUCAAAGAUAGACACUGAUUGGACGAGACUUUACCGAGCACUACCAUUCCAUCCUGCAAGAGGGGAACAGACAAUUCUCAAGGAUGUAGACGAAAUUGGCAAGGAAUAUAUGAGACACAUUCCAGACGAAAUGUGCAGGCAAAGUUUAUGGAGAUGGAGAAGAAUGCAUACCCGAGCAAGCGUAGAAGACCUAAAGAAAGCACUACUUUCAAUCAAGCGGAAGGAUAUAGUGGAAGCAAUAGAUGAAGAUAUAGUCCGCCAAGCAAACAAACCAAACAUACCGUCUCCUGCAUUUAGAACAAUAAGGUUCCCAAAAUUAAAAGUACACACUUGAAAAGAACGGCGUGUGUCAACUGCAAGAAUAUUUCGACAUCCUUAUAACUUUACAUAGAAACGUGUGGAUCUAAACAUAGUUGUCAAGUUGCUUUUGCUAGCAGUUUCUCGUGAAGCAGAAAAUCAUCUGUAACAGUUUAAAUUUUCAAAAUUUACUUCUAGACACGCUAUGAUAAAAGUCAAUAAAUACAAUAAGAAAACCUUUGGAAGCAAAGAAUGCAACCAAGCAAACUAAUAGCAGACUCGGUUUGAUUGAGUCUGUUCAUGAGAGGUAAUGAAAUAUACAACACCACUCACGCCCCCUAGCACCGGCCUAAGCGGAACUCUACUACCUAGAUAUUGAAUGGACUCCAUGAUCACAAAGGAUCAGAAAAUAUAACAACACUGAAUCCAAGUACGGGGAGACUUUUUACGGCCGCCACAACGUAAGAAUAGAUGUUCCUUGUCGUUAUGACAUGGAAAUGUGAUGCAUAUUUUUGUAACACGAUACACGUACAGUAAAUAUAAUUUAUAUUCGUUGGAGGCUUUUUGUUGAUUUCGUGGAUGCUUCUACCCUAGAAAUAAAAUUUCAACGAAUACAAUUUCUAUUCAUUUAACCAUAUUAUCUUCGGACGUUGAAAACCACGAACUACAGCAGUUUUUGUCAAACAAUGAAAUUUCAUGCCCACGAAAAUUGUGAUUUUGCAGUAUUCUGUUAAUUGGGCAUUUGUGCUUUGACUUUAUAUCGCAAGAGUCUUUGCGUAGUAGAUAAAUACCGACUGUUCUGCACCGGAACCUGAAGUAAAUGAAAAUUAAGCUAUCAAGAUUAUUUACCAGUUAUCAGUGUCUAUUUUGAAAGAAAUACACGUCAUUUGUAGAACGUAUCAUUACGAACCGGGAUACUUAUUUCCUGGUACAUAAGCAGGAUUUAUGAAUCAUUGGGGGAAAUAUGUUAAAAAUAUACCAAUCGAGAAUCGUUAUUUUUGUAUUUUCUUGCGCAACACACAGAAUGUGGACUAUGGAGCCGGAACACAGAAAAUGUUAUAUGUCUUGAAUUUUGACCACAAUUUACUAUUUUAUUAUCAACAGUUUAUAUUAUAACAUAACAUAUAUUGGGGCCAUUGGGAUUCUGGGAACACCACAAUUAACUCGGACUACUAAAACUAAACUAAUUUACUGUUACAAAAUUAGAAAGAGCUUCAAUUUGCAUAAACAUGUACGACACUUUAUUGAUGUGCAAUACUCUGGUCUUGCAAAAUGUAAAGUAUUUCAGCUAACGUCUUUUUGUACAUAUUUGUAUUUGCACUAUAAAAUAAUUCAUACAGAAAAGAUCCGUGUAAUCAAGCAAAACAAUAGCAAAUGUUUGAUGAUUGAAUGUUCGAAAGUCAAUGAAUGAAAGAUAUUUUGAUCUUACAUGUAAAACAUUUUUUUUUUAUUUCAUGUUUUGACUAAAUUUACCCAUUUUACAGUUUCUUGCCAGUGAAACAUAUACUGUGAAAAUACCAGAUAUAUUUCACUCUAAUAUUUCGAUAAUUCACUGAAAAACAUGUAAUAACAUAGAAUAAAUCACAGUCAAACGAAAAUAAUCAGUAGUCCACAUUUUGUACUUUUUACUUGUAUAUAAUUCAACACAUAGAUUUUGUCGGGCCAGAGUAAAAACUAGAAUCUUUUCCCUGGUGUUAUGUAAUAAGACACUUAAUAAAUGGCCAUUCGGCAAGUGUAUACUGUACCAAUAAUCCCAUAUAUCUAU